AUAUAUGUACACACUUCCAUUUCUAGAUUUCAGAUUUCAGAAGCACUAUUCAGGAUUGACUGUCCCUCCCACUGCAGGAGCAAGCCACCAAGCAUUUUGUGAUUCUCCACACUGAUGGAGAACACUACAGAAGUGACUGAGUUCAUCCUCCUUGGACUAACCAAUGACCCAGAGCUGCAGGUCCCCCUCUUCAUCAUGUUCACUGUCAUCUAUGUUGUCACAGUGAUUGGGAAUUUGGGAAUUACGGUGUUGAUUCUCUUGGACUCUCGUCUCCACACUCCCAUGUACUUUUUCCUCAGUAACUUGUCUCUGGUGGAUUUGUGUUACUCCUCAGAUGUCACUCCUACAGUCAUGGCUGGAUUUCUUCUAGGACACAAGGUCAUCUCCUACAAUGCAUGUGCUGCUCAGAUGUUCUUUUUUCUAGCCUUGGCCACUGUGGAAAAUUACCUCUUGGCCUCCAUGGCCUAUGACCGCUAUGUAGCAGUGUGCAAACCCCUGCAUUACACCACCACCAUGACCACAGGUGUGUGUGCAAGUCUGGCCAUAGGUUCCUAUUUCUGUGGGUUCCUCAAUGCCUCUGUCCACACUGGAGACACAUUCAGCCUCUCUUUCUGUGAGUCCAAUGUGGUCCAUCACUUUUUCUGUGACAUUCCAGCAGUCAUGGUUCUCUCUUGCUCUGAUACACAUGUUAGUGAGCUGGUUCUUCUUUAUGUAGCAGGCUUCAACAUCUCUAUUGCACUUCUGGUUAUCUUGAUUUCCUACAUGUUCAUAUUUAUCACCAUCCUAAAGAUGCACUCAUCUUCAGGGUAUCAGAAGGCUCUGUCCACCUGUGCCUCCCACUUCACUUCAGUCUCCAUCUUCUAUGGGACUGUCAUCUUCAUGUACUUACAGCCCAGCUCCAGCCAUUCCAUGGACACAGACAAAAUCACAUCUGUGUUUUAUACUAUGAUCAUCCCCAUGCUGAACCCCCUGGUCUACAGCCUGAGGAACAAGGAGGUCAAGAGUGCACUCAGGAAGGUUGUCUUAAAGGCAAAACUGUCUUUAGGAUUAUGAUUUGAGCAUUAUGCAAUGCACAGUAACCCAGUUUCAUUAAGACCACAGGAAAAUUAAGGUCCUAAAGUAGUCUUCUUACACAUUCCAAAGUCUCCUGCCUUA